AUGGUAGUGCCGAAGCUUUCAGUUUUGUUGCUGUUGCCCUCCUUGAUCCCCCUUUUCUAUUGGACGACCACCUCUGCUCUGUCACAUGACCCCACCUUCAACUCCACCAACUCUCAACGCUCCACCAGAAUCAGGAGGGACCUGCCCUACCUUACUCAAGAGAAAACAAAGGAAGUCAUGGAAUUUGGGAAAGCUACUCUGGAAGCAUUCAAAUCUACAUUUGAGUAUCUCGAGAAAACAAGAACGUUGUCAGGCAUAAUGGAGAAGAUCUCAAAGUUCGCUGGUUUGGUGCCAGGCAUUGGAGGUCUGAUGCUCUCCUUAGUCAGUAUGGUUUUAAUCUUCAUUCCUCAGGAGAGCCCCACAGACCAGCUGCAGGCUGAUCUGGAUGAGGUGAACAGGAAGCUGGACUCUCUCUCCAUGGAGAUCUCCAACCUGGCAACGGAUGUGGAAUGGCACAACUACGCCAGCGUCUACUCUCAGGACGAGGUCCGCAUCCUCAACGCCUGGAAGAAGUUAAAUGAGUUCCUUAAUACCUCCAGAUUGCCACAGAGCAACGAGACAAGGAUCCGUGUGGCCGAAAUGUUCACCACCUUCUAUGAGAACACGGCCACUGAAGGCAGCGUGGCCAGCCUCUACCACUACCUGACCGUCAGGGGCACGUCUCUCAGCAAGAACCUGCUCGACAUCCUGACCAGGAAGUUUAAAUGUGGCUUUUAUGAUGUGGCCACGUAUGCUUUCUAUUUCAACACCCUAAUGUAUAGGGGGAUGGUCCUCAACCAGUUCUACUGGAGUCUGAUGGGUUUCGACACGUCAGUCAAGGCAGCUGAACACACCUCAAUGAUGAAACAAGUUGUUAGAGCUCAAAAAAAUGCUCUGAACUACUGCCUGAACAACUACGAGGAGUACAUGAAGAAGGAUGUGGUGGAGAUCAGCAAAGCUCAGAGCUAUGGCAACAACACACAAACCGCUAUUAAGAUCAAGAAUGCUUUGGACAAGAAGUACUUCUGGUACAACUGGGUGGUGGUGGUGUAUGACACGGAGCAGCGCUACCCUGAUGAAACUUCUGGUUUCACUGUAAAAAUCACUGUGGGGAAGAUCACUGCUGCUGUGGGUUUCACCAUCAGUUUAGGACGACACAAUUACUCGCCCUCCAUUAAUUGCAUUAAAAAGGUUAGCCUGACCUGCAACGAUAAGUCGGCAAUUGCAAAAGUGGGUAACUGCCAUGCUAAUGGUUUUUACCAUUCCAAACAUAAUUACGUCUAUGAAAAGCCUAAACUGUGGCAUGUCUCUUACAAUCCAAAAUCAGGCCAAGCUCCAGAACCCGGACUCAAGGUAGCCUGUCAGUACUCAGGGGGCUCCCUCUCCUUUUAUUACUCAAUUGAAAAGGACGUCUGCCGUGGGGUUCCCUGUAUGAACGGUGGUACAUGUCAUAGAAUUCUGGAUUCCAUCGACUGGAUGUGUGACUGUCCAGAUGAUUUCUAUGGAAGAAGAUGUGAAAAGAACACCACCAUCAGUGAGGCACCAAGGUACCUCGUGCCUCACCCCGUGCCCAUCAGCUCCAUCGACACCAAGCUGGACAACAUGCAGAGCAAAAUUGACUCCCUCCUGAAGCGGAGAGGUUGACAGACGCCUCCAGACGAAUGACGGACGACAGGCAUGACGACAAAACGCCAACCGACAAACUGACCGCACAUCAGCUGAUUCAACACCUGAGGAGAAAAGAGUGAAUCUGAAACAUCAACAGAUAAAAACCACU